AGAACGUUAAAAGGAUUCUGAAGGAAUAUAUUUACAGUUUGCAUAGGAGAACAAAUUCGGCGUGGUUCGGGCAUUAGACAAACCCUACAUAUCAGACAGUGUCUUCAUCCAAACAAAAUCUAGGGUUUUGCAGACCUCUGCCCCACACCUACCAUGCCUACUGUUAGCGUUGGGAGGGAUCAUCUGUUCGAAGCCCUGGGACGAACCUACGAACAAGAGGAAUUUGAGGAGCUAUGCUUCGAAUUUGGAAUUGAGCUGGACGAUGUUACUACUGAAAAGGAAAUUAUGAGGAAAGAAAAGCAUUUGGAAGAAGAAGCAUCUGCCAACGAAGAAGUUAUCUAUAAAAUCGAAGUGCCAGCAAAUAGAUAUGACUUGCUGUGCCUUGAAGGGCUUGUUCAAGCUCUGCGGAUUUUUAAAAAGGCUGAUCAGAUACCUACUUAUACAUUGGCUGAUGUUAGUAAGGAAUCAAUGCUUAAAAUGCAUGUAAAACCAGAGACCUCUUUAAUUCGGCCAUUUGUUGUAUGUGCUGUUUUACGAGGUAUAACUUUUGAUGAAUCAAGAUACAACAGCUUUAUUGAUCUUCAAGAUAGGCUUCAUCAGAACAUCUGCCGGCGAAGAACCUUGGUUGCAAUUGGAACUCAUGACUUGGAUACAAUUCAAGGUCCUUUUACAUAUGAGGCUUUGCCCCCCUCAGAUAUCAAUUUUGUGCCAUUGAAACAGGUUAAAAAGUUCAGAGCUGAUGAGCUGAUGGAGUUUUACAAAUCAGAUUUAAAGCUGAAGAAAUUCUUGCACAUAAUUGAGAAUUCACCUGUGUUCCCCGUUAUAUAUGAUCAUAACAGGACCGUUCUGUCUUUACCCCCAAUUAUAAAUGGUGCCCAUUCUGCAAUCAAUCUAAAGACAAAAAAUGUGUUCAUUGAAUGUACAGCCACUGAUUUGACAAAGGCCAAGAUUGUUUUAAACACAAUGGUGACAAUGUUUUCAAUGUACUGUGAAAGAAAGUUUGAGGUCGAACCAGUUGAAGUGAUAUAUCCUGAUGGAAAGUCAUGUCUUUAUCCUGAUCUGUCAGUCUACAGUAUGGAAGUUCCUCUAUCUUAUAUCAUAGAUACAGUUGGGGUUUCUUUGGAGGCGGACGAGGUUACUAGUUUGUUAAAUCGAAUGCAAUUGCAUGCCAAGCAGUCCUUAUCAGAAGAUAAAGAGUGCAAAAUCAUUGUCUCUGUUCCCCCAACAAGAAGUGAUGUUCUUCAUCCAUGCGAUGUGGUUGAGGACGUUGGUAUAGCAUAUGGGUAUAAUAAUGUUCCAAGGAGGAAACUUGCAUCGUUGAAGCCACUGCCAUUGAACCAACUGAGUGAUCUCAUCAGAUUGGAGAUUGCAAUGAAUGGUUUUACAGAGAUAUUGACAUGGAUAUUAUGCUCUUACAAAGAAAAUUUCUCCAUGUUGAACCGUAAAGAUGACAAAUCAACAGCAGUGAUAAUUGGAAAUCCUCGUUCUGCUGAUUUUGAGGUUGUCCGGACAAGUCUUAUGCCAGGUGCAUUAAAAACAGUUGCGCAUAACAAAGACCACCCCAAGCCCAUAAAGAUAUUUGAGGUUGGUGAUAUAGCGGUAUUGGAUGAGGCAAAAGAUGUUGGUGCAACAAAUCGUCGUCAACUUGCAGCUCUAUAUUGUGGUGCUAAUUCUGGAUUUGAGCUAAUUCACUGCCUUGUCGACAGAAUUAUGGAAAUUAUUGGAUGUCCUUUUGUUGCAGUUGGAGACGAUACUGGGUACUACAUAAAGCUUUCAAAUGAACCCGAGUUUCUUCCAGGUCGACAAGCUAGCAUCAUUUACAGAGGGAAGCACAUAGGCACCUUUGGCAUUGUGCACCCAGAGAUCCUGAACAACUUCGACAUUUCAGAUCCAUGCUCCUUUCUGGAACUCAACAUGGAGAGCUUUUUGUAGGAUGGCACAGCUAUAUUGGCAUUGGGUGCUAAAAGCCAACUGAUCCAGCAGCCCGCUGCUGGGGAGGUAAAUUAUAUGCUUAUAUUUGUAAGCAGUGACCCAUCUAACCGAAAGGGAGGCAAAUCAUUUGUUUCUGUCGUGGACUCUUAAUUUUUCUGAUAGGCAAAUUUGUGGUCUAUAUUUUAACUACAAUUUUGUUAAUCAUUGGAUUAAAGUGGUGAGUGUUUCUUCCCACUUUGGUCAUCUUCAGCUGUAGGUUGUUAGUUUGUCAUUGCAAUUUAGCUGGGCAAUACUUAUGCCACUUUGAAGGAAUAUAGAAAUUAUCCGAAGUUGUAAUAUGGUUUCAAUAAAACUGGUUGAAAGAAAAAUGACCAAGUUCACAAAA